AUGACAGCAACUUCGGCAAAGGGGGAAUUCGGUCUGAACGCGAAGACAAUGCGCACGUUGCCGACCUUAUUAAGUCCGCCGGGUCAAUAUGCUGAGAGUGAAAGAACCUAUCGAAGACGAAUAUCAUUGGUGCGUAUGCUCUCAGCCAGUGCUGCUGGAUCGAUGCCGCAUGAUGACCCGAAUGCCUCAUCACUACAGCAAUUCGAUAGUCAGGGGCAGAAUCCAUAUCGUUUUAUGGCAAUGGUUAGAUUCCCCGCGCUAGAUCGAAGGACCGGAAACCUUGACUUGGGAGUGUCAUGCCAAGCAUGUCGCCUCGGACCUCGAGAUGAGGGACGUGGAUAUCACAAUUGGAAUGCUCUCUACUGUGCUGCUGGGUAUCUAGAGCACUUUCAAAAGUGCCAGCGUCGUUGGUCAUCCGGAGAUCGCAUGAUAAGCGCCAAGGGCCCGCGACACUUUGCUGGAUGCCCUGUUCUGGAUGACGGCCUAGUAAUUGUAGCACUCGCAUUCUGCAACAACAUGUUCGGACAAGCGUCCGCGCCAAUCUACUAUAGAGCUAGAUAUCAACUCCUAGUAGAGGAAGCCGAGUCAAAUCUUGUUAUCGAACAACAUCUUUAUUGUACUCCCGAAGUCUCGGGCCCGCCAAAGCCAUAA